AUGGGGGAGGGAUGUUGUACUCAGCCUUACCCUUGCAUAUGCAAAGAGGUCGUUUCCGGAUUCGAACCUAUGACCAACAAGUCACCAAGGCACAAGAUUCACUUAAAAUCCUCCUCCAUAUAACUAGUUGCUGGCGGCUGGGCAAAUUAGAAACAGAUGAUUGGUGGUUACUAGACUAGACAACACAUGACAUAUAUCAGGAGACAGCCUCCUAUGAGGCUAUGACAAAUAGCAUUUCAACGUAUCAUUAACAUUGAUCUUAUCAAAUAUUGUUGUCCGAAUAAAGGAUUACUCUCUUAGAAAAAGCCUUAUAGAUCUAAAAGGGAUAAUUAAAGAAGGAUUUUUUCUGUACUAGAACAUGGUUAACAAACUGGGAGGCAGACUUAUGAGGAAACAUACCAGAUAAAUCAAGAGUCCUAAGCCUCUUUUCUAAAUCCACAAACAACUGAAAAGUCGAGGCAAAAGGUAUACCAAUCACUGGCUUUGUCAAUCGAAGUUCCUGCCAAAUGGAAGUUUCAGCACAUGGGGCAGUUCUGAUACCCUAGUGAUAUGCGUAUCCUAACUUUCCCCUAUUUUCAAAACAAAAAGAAAGGCUUCAUCAAUCUAGUGAUAAUAUAAUUUGGAAAAACCUGAGGUUGUCUCUUCCUAGAUACAAUUUUAUGUUAAGGAAAAGGAAGCUGUGGUUAAUGGGUAAUUAUAUGUAUGUAGUUUUCAAACUCUUAAUCUUUUACUUACCCCCUCCCCAGAAAAGAUAGUUCUUCCAUUCUCUUUUUAAUUUUAAAUAUGAAAAUAAAAAUAAAGAGGAUUGACAUGCACUCCUCCACAUGUAAAUAAUUGGUAUACUUUGUGGAAUACAUAUUACAACCCCAAGUAUUGACCUCUUCAUGUGAUUGGUUGGACAUAGGUUCAACGUUUUACCAAAAAGAGUAGGUUUACUUGAUUUAUGUUACUUAAAGGGCUUUGGUUGGUGUCUUCCAAGUUCCAACUCUCACGGCCUGUUUGGUACAAGGCAUUAUAGUAUGAGUUUAUAUUAUAUGACUCAAUUUUAUCGACUGUUUUUGGUGUGACAUAUGAUUGGAUAAUGUUAUCCAGUUUCACCCAAUUUUAUCCUAUAUGAUUAUAGGAUAAACUUAUCAAGCACUAGUGUGAUAAAACCUGAUAGGAUUAUUUUAUAUUAGGUUGGUCAAAAGAAUCUCUAUUUCAACUCAACCUUAUCCUUCCACCACCAUCAUCAUCACUCAACAGUCACAGUCAUGUGCAUCAAACAUUGAAUAGUAUGAAAGUUUAUAAUGUAACUUACACUAUAGUAUUAUACUAUCUAGCAUUAUGUUAUUGGGUCUUACUGUAUGAAAGAUAGUGGAUUAUUUCAAGAAAAACUAAAGUAUAUUGGAUCAAAUCAAUGAAAACAUCUAUUGAUUCGUCAUUUUUUUUUAUUUUUUUAUUUUAUCAGCAAAUGUUAGUUCAUCUUUUUUGUUAGCAGAGGAGAUCAAACCCGUGAUCUUUCUCCUCUUUCCUUUUCCGUUAACCAUUCAACCCACCUUAUAUCUCCCUAUUGAUUCCUCGUGUGUUCAUUUUUAUCUUUGAAAAUUUCUUCUUCCUUUUCUAAGAAUGCAGAUGAAUCCACUAUCCACUUAUUGUUACUGGACAUAAUUUUGCAUGAAGUUUACCGUUUGGCCUUUUUCCUACUUGUUAUUAAGGCUCCAUUUGUUUAUGGAAAAUGAUUUGGGAUUAUAUUAAUGAUGUUUGCUUUUCCAUGUUGCACAAUCACUAAUAAUUCUACAACUACAUAUAUGUAUUCCUUGUACUUAAGGAUCUACGAAAUCCUAACCCAAUCUCUUACAUAUGUAAGGGAAACUCUAUUUUGUACUGUAUAGGAUCUGUAAGCAACCCUGUCUGUGGUAUUUGUUAAGUAAAGUUCUAACAAUGCAUUUUUCAUGGAAAUAUUGGCAUAAAUCUUAAUUGAUGUUUGCUAGUCACAAUUUUCUGAAUGGUUUCUUAAAAUUAAAUUUCUUUAUUUCCUUCUUCACUGAUGAGAAGCCUGGGCUUGAGUUUGAUUUGGCCUGGUUAGCUGGGUCCAAUUCUGCUUGAGAGCAGUGUUGUUAAAUGGCCGCCAUGGCGGAGUUGCGUAGCAGAUUUUUGAAAAAACGCCACCGCUAUGCGGUGGCGUGGCGGGUUGAAGAUGGCGGUGCCAUGGCGGCCGCCAUAGCCAUGGCAGUCAUGGCGGACAUGGCGGCGAGGCGGAAAAUGGCAGAAUUUUUUUUUUGUCCGCGGUAGGAGUUGGGCUGACCCGACCUUACCUGGUAACUUAAUGAAAAGCACGACCCCUCAAAGCUUUCAGAACGCAGCUGCGACCCCUCCAAGCUUCAACACAAAUUGCGACCCCGGAACCCAGCUGCAACCCCUGUAACCAGCCACGACACCCCACACCCACGCGUGACCCGCUGCACAUAACAACCAGCAGCGACGACCCACGGCGUGAACGGCGGCGACGAGCACGGCGUGAACGACGGCGACGACCCACACGCAGAACAUCGCGAUCCAACUCUGUUGGGCAUCUUGAAGCUUUAUUUUUUUUUGGUUUUGUUUUUGCUGUUUGACACCCCUUUUUUCUGUCUGUAACUUUUUUUCCCUUUUUCUAUUUGACACCCUCUUUUUACUUUCGACAAUUCCAUUUUUAUUUUUUUUUUCUAUUUGACACCACAAUUUUUUUUGUUCAGUCCUCUUUUAAAUGGCUGAACCAUCAUCCGAUGCUGCUACUGCAAGUGCAAUGAGGAAAAAUAAGAUAGACCUAGGCUGGAAAUAUUGUCAUUCACUGGUGGAAGGAGAUACAAACACCAUUGUUUGUAAUUUCUGUGGAAAAAUCACAAAGGGAGGAAUAACCUGAGCCAAACAACACCUGAUUGGGAAGUCGGGUAACGUUGCAGCUUGCAAGAAAACUCCACCAAAUGUAGUCAAAGAGUUGAAGGAAUAUAUGGCUACCAAAAAAAGUGGGACCACUUACAGUACUUCUGGCAGUGGUAAUAUGGAAAAUAUAAGAGAUUUUGAAUUUGGUGAACCAAUUGGAUUUGAUGGAAGUGAAGAAGAUGAGUUUGCGGACUCUUGUAAUGUUACUGCAAGUGCAAAGACAAAGUGUGGAACUAAAAAAGGACCAAUGGACAAAUUUUGUAAGAAUUCAGAAAAUGCAAUCAAUCGGAGAAAAAUGGAGAUGUUGAGACAAAUGAACAUAAGAGAGUCAAUGGAUAAGAAUGAAGUAUUGAAGGUGCAUCAACAUAUUGCUCGCUUUUGGUACCAAGCAGGUUUGUCAUUCAACCUCAUUAAAUUGAAAAGCUUUGAGAAUAUGGUUGCAGCCAUUGGUCAAUAUGGGCCAUAUUUGCCAAUUCCUAGCUAUCAUGACAUCAGAGUUCCACUCCUAAAGAAGGAAGUUGAAUAUACUGAAAAUUUGAUGAAAGGCCAUAGGGAGCAAUGGGUCAAGUAUGGUUGUACUAUUAUGUCCGAUGCAUGGACUGAUCGGAAACAAAGAUGCAUAAUUAAAUUUUUGAUUAACUCUCAAGCUGGUACCAUGUUUUUGAAGUCUGUUGAUGACUCUGAUUUUGUAAAGACAGGUGAAAAGCUUUUUGAGUUGCUUGAUGCCAUUGUGGAGGAAGUUGGAGAAGAGAAUGUUGUUCAAGUUGUAACCGACAAUGGGAGCAACUAUGUUUUAGCGGGUAAGUUGUUGGAGGAGAAAAAGAAACAUAUUUAUUGGACUCCUUGUGCAGCUCAUUGUAUUGAUUUGAUGCUUGAAGAUAUUGGGAAGCUUCCCUUGAUAAGAAAGACAAUUAGAAGGGCAAUUAAUCUAGUUGAGUUUAUCUAUGCCCAUUCUAGUACCUUAAGUUUGUUGAGAAAUUUUACAAACAAGAGGGAAUUGGUGAGACAUGCUAUUACUAGAUUUGUCACUUCUUAUCUAACCUUGGAAAGGUUCCACAAAGAGAAAGCAAAUAUUAGAAAGAUGUUUACUUCUGAUGAAUGGACCUUGAACAAGCUAUCUAAGGAGCCUAAGGGAAAAGAAGCUGCAAAGGUAGUUCUCAUGCCUUCUUUUUGGAAUAGUGUGGUUUACACUCUUAAAGUCAUGGCUCCACUUGUGAAAGUGCUUCGUCUUGUGGAUGGUGAAAAGAAACCAACCAUGGGCUAUAUUUAUGAAGCAAUGGACAAGGCAAAAGAAAUAAUUAUCAAGUCUUUCAACAACAAUGAAAGCAAGUACAAAGAUGUGUUUGCAAUCAUUGAUAAAAGAUGGAAUUGUCAGCUUCAUAGGCCAUUGCAUGCAGCUGCCCACUUCUUAAAUCCAAAGUUCUUUUAUGACAACACUGACUUGGAGUUUGAUUUUGAGGUCACCAAUGGUUUGUUUGAGUGCAUUAUGAAGUUGAUUCCACAAUUUGAUAUGCAACAGAAAUUUCUAACCGAGUUGCAUCUUUACAAGAUUGGUGCUGAACACUUUGGUCCUGACUUUGCAAUGGCUCAAAGGAAAACUCAUUCUCCUACAUAUUGGUGGCGAAUGUUUGGGUCACAAACUCCAAAUUUGCAAAAGCUAGCUAUUAAAAUUUUGAGUUUGACUUGCAGUGCUUCAGGAUGUGAAAGAAAUUGGAGUGUGUUUGAGCAAAUUCAUUCCAAAAAAAGAAAUAAGCUUGAGCACAAGAGGUUGCAUGAUUUGGUGUUUGUCAAAUACAACCAACAAUUGAAGCAAAGAUAUAAUGCAAGAGAUGAAAUUGAUCCAAUUUCUCUUAAUAAUAUUGAUGUGUGCAAUGAAUGGCUCGUGGGAGAGAUGGAUCAAGAUGAUGAUAAUGAUGUUGGAAAUGAUUUGGUAUUUGAAGAUGAUGAUGCUCUAAAUUGGGCAACUGUGUAUCAGGCUUCGGAGGUUGGAGAGUGUAGGAUGUAUACUAGGCAGAAAAAGCAAAAAACAAGUGUUGCUGCUGCCCAAACUUCUAAAAAAUAGGCAAUGGUUGUUGGAUCUUCAUCAAGGAAGCAAAAAACAAUCCAAGAAAAUGAUGAAGAUCUAGAUUUUGAGGAGAAUAUUGAUCUUGAAUCUGAAGAAGAAGAAAUCAUGAUCAAUUUUGAGGCGUCUGAUGGGGAAGAGGGAGAGGGAGAGGGAGAUGCUCCAUUACCAUAUGAUAACAACGAAGAUGAUUAUGUUGGGAUUGGAGAAGAUGAUUAGAGUCUCAACCUUCACUUUGCACUUUGCAUUAUGUUUUUAUCAUUUUCUUAUUUUGAACUCUUUAAUGAGUUUAUUUGGUGUUGGUACUUGAUUAUUGUAUGAACUCAUGAAACUUUUUUAGUUUAUUUGAAUGCAAUCCUUUGUUUUUUUCAAUUUCA